CCCUCCAACUUACAUGUUUGACAAGAAACCUAUUUUCAAAACAAAAUUCUUAAAAGAAAAAAGGAAAUUUUAGCUCGCUGAUUUUUCCUCGUUUCCGCCAUGAAACGAUGAAUUUGAUUUAAGUGUUGAGUUUCUAUAACAUCUCUUUAUUUAUUUUUUUGCAUUCGAUGGAUACAGCGGGAAGAACUCAGAAGCCAUCAUUCGGUCAAACGGAAAUCAAUUGGGACAAGCUUGACAAAACUAAAUUCUAUGUUGUUGGAGCUGGAAUUUUUACUGGAAUUACAGUGGCACUUUAUCCAAUAUCAGUUGUGAAAACCAGGCUGCAAGUAGCAUCACAUGAUGCUGUAGAAAAAAAUGCUAUGUCUGUCAUAAAAGGCCUUCUUAAAACAGAUGGAAUUCCUGGUUUAUAUAAAGGUUUUGGCACUGUCGUGACGGGAGCAAUACCUACCAGAAUAUUAUUCCUAACUGCAUUAGAAACAACAAAAGUAGCUGCACUGAAGAUGAUAGAACCUUUCAAACUGUCAGAGCCCACACAAGCAGCAUUAGCAAAUGGGGUUGCUGGCAUGAUGGCAUCUUUUUGCUCACAGGCUGUAUUUGUACCAGUUGAUGUGGUUAGUCAAAGACUGAUGGUGCAAGGAUAUUCGGGUCAUGCAACCUAUACUGGGGGCCUAGAUGUUGUUCGUAAGGUGGUAAAGUCUGAUGGGAUUCGUGGUCUUUACAGAGGGUUUGGUCUCUCAGUUCUCACGUAUUCUCCAUCCAGUGCUGUCUGGUGGGCAACCUACGGUGCAAGUCAACGCGUCAUUUGGAGCAGAUUGCUGGAUGAUGAAAAUGCUGCUCCAAGCGAAGGAAAAAUUAUUUUGGUUCAAGCUGCUGGAGGAAUUUCUGCUGGUGCAACUGCAUCAUUUGUAACAACCCCAUUGGACACCAUUAAAACCCGCUUACAGAAAUUAGGGCGAGCAAGCAUCUUCAAUUCCAGAAAUUAGGCGAUUUGUGAUCUCUUCCUUCCUCAAAAUUGUUGCUGGCCAAACCGUGGAGUCCUAAAUUCGACGGAAACUACCUUGCUUGAUUGAGGGGAAGAUAUGCGGAGGAAUGAGUGGGGAAGAGACGUUGCAACAAGAGAAAUGGGUGGGAGAAGAGGCGCCGGAUCGGAGAGACGCGCUAGUGCUGGAUCGCUGACCCAGAGCCCUAAUUUUUUGGGCUUGUGAGAAAUGGGAAAGAAAUUGAACAUGUGUGUUAUAGAUCUGGAAUAAUAUUAAUUUCAUAGGAUUAGAUAAGUCAUUUUAGGUUUCUAUCUUGAGUUUUAUCUUUGUGUACCAAACAAGAUGACUAAAUUAUUUAUCUUGGAUUUAAUCUCAAUUUUUAUCUUAGGCCCAUAUUAAUUAGUUAUCUUAUGUUAAUUUAACAUGCCUACCAAACACCCCCUUAAUGUUUCUUUUAGAUGGUUUGAGAUUGGUUUGGGAGUUUACUUAUUUAUGACAGGGUUAAAGGCCAAAUACUACCAUGAAUACCCUGUAUAAAUCUAUUAGGGCACCCAUACCAUUUCUUUGUUUUACUUUUUGCUUUAAUCUGUGU